UCCCUCCCGCAAGAUCCUGACAUCCUGUUCAUAGUUAUCUUAAAACUUAAGUUCUGUUUUUGUUUCACAUUAUCUAAAGUCCCAAAGCAAGCUCUUCCCCGACUAGUGGCAGGCUUUGCGGCACUCGUCACUUCAGAAUUUCACAACACGGAGUAAGAGGAAAUCGUUUUCGAUCGGGAGGUAGUGCUCAAGAGAAAUCACUGGUUCAGGGUUUAUGAUUGAUGGCAGGAAGUCUGUCUGCAUGCAGAGCGAUCAACAGUUGGAACGGGCUCUCGAACAGGAUAGCACUGAGACUUACCUCUGUAAUAACAAUAAAAAAGAUGCAACCAAGGCAGAAUUAUGAUGGUUAUACCGGACAGGGAUUAAGGAGUUAAAAUAAACCUCCCUUCGCCGUCGUUUGAACUUGGAAAUUUAAAGAUUGAAGCACGAGUUCUAAUCCGAUUGGUACAAGUGAACCACCUGUCGGCCGCUUGAACAACUACAUUAACCAUGAAGUUUGUGAAGAAUGAAAAUGAAGUCAACAAAGUCCCUCAAAGAUAAUAAGUGCCGAUGCUGGAGUCAGAGAGAACACAGCGUGGAGCGGGAGGAACAAUCAGGCCAGGCAGCAGUAGAGGAACAGGAAAGUUGACGAUCGGGCUCGGGCCCUACUCUGGUCAUAUGAGGAAGUUUGAGUUCAAUAUUCUAGGGGCAGUUUUGUACACUGAUAAUUAUAGCAGCAGCGUUAAAUACCCGAGUGUACGCACGCAUCGCAUCCGUGUUGUUAGUCCGUAAACACUAAUAUUUCGCUUUUUUUUUCUUAAAUCUACUGGUGGACGAAUUGAAAUAUAUCUGAGCCAGAAUUCUGACACAACGAUUUCGGAGAGGAGUUGCACCUUUCCAUCACCCGGACUGCUGACUCAAGUUGGGGUCGGCAGCACUAAGUCCCUAUUAGUGCUGAUAAAUAUUCAGUGAUUAUUGUCUGAAAAAAGAUUUGAAAUUAUGAAGAAUGUGGGCUAAAUAGGGCCAUCACUAUAUGACCGAGAUUGAAAUUAUGCUUGCAGUCUCACAACCAACUGACUUAUUCUACAGUAUUCCAAGAUCAUGUUUGUCUUGGGUUUGCAAUUGUGAAAUGCAAAGACAAGAAUGAAUUGUUUUCGAGAGGACACUAAACUUCGCAUUUAAAAUACCUGCGCUUAUUGACAACGUUAACACUUUCCCUCCCUGCAUAUAUAUUUCUACACAAAGUCGACAUAAAAUCGCACCCUCCCACCGUUUGAAUUCCUGACUGAAGCAAAGCCCUGUGGAUCUUAAGUUGACAAAUAGCAAUUUGAACACGUUGCCUUCGCCUGGGACUCAUUGAUACUCCGGGUUCUACAGUCACAACCUACACGGGGGAACGAUUCAACACGUCUGAGGGUGUUUGCCUCAGAAAUAUAGUUACAAAAUUACUAAAAUUAUAGCUUUUAAUCUAAAUUGUCCAAGUGUAGAUGUUAAGUAAUUACUGUCAAGCCGAAACAUAUCGAGCUGAAAGGAAAUUAGAUGAAUAGUUUGGUGACUGAAUGUUAAGAAUUUCGAGCUCGUCCCCCAUCAGGAUAAUGGUAGCAGCCGGCGGAAGUCCCUGGUUCAGCAUUUGCGAGGAGCUGCAGGGAGAAAGUUCGAUACAUUAUUACUGAUUGCAAAGUGUUUUGUUCACCAGGCACUGGGAGAUGAGGCGGAGGCAAAAAAGACUUCUUCAGGUGGCUGGCUUAAUCCUUCUAACCGUAGUGUUCCUGCCGAACGUCGGGCUGUGGUCUCUGUACAGGGAGCAGCAGCUGGAGAGCCCAGCUGAAGAGGUGCAGGGUUUACCAAUCCAGCCAAGACAAGACACUUUCUUCAUUGAUGAUGGAUUGAGGAAGAAAGAUUGGCAUGACCACCAGGCAAUCCGAGCAGACGCAGCAAAAUCAGGAAUUGGCGAGCAGGGGAAGGCUGUGCCAUUGUCUGAUGAAGAUCGAACUAGGCAAGCAUAUCGGGAAAAUGGUUUCAAUAUCUAUGUGAGUGAUAAAAUCUCUCUGAAUCGGAGCCUGCCUGACAUUCGGCAUCCAAACUGCAAGAACAAGCUGUAUUUGGAGAAGCUUCCAAACACCAGUAUCAUUAUACCAUUCCACAAUGAAGGCUGGUCCACGCUCCUUCGAACUGUGCACAGUGUCUUAAAUCGCUCGCCACCAGAGCUUGUUGCAGAAAUCAUACUUGUUGAUGACUUCAGUGAAAGAGAACAUUUGAAAAAACACCUGGAAGAAUAUAUGGCACGUUUUCCAAAAGUCAGGAUUGUACGAGCCAAGAAGCGAGAAGGUUUAAUUCGAACACGACUACUGGGGGCCACAGUGGCAAAAGCAGAGGUGAUAACUUUCUUGGAUUCUCACUGUGAAGCAAAUGUGAAUUGGCUGCCCCCAUUGCUAGAUAGAAUUGCUCAGAACCGCAAAACAAUUGUGUGUCCUAUGAUUGACGUUAUUGACAAUGAUCAUUUUGGAUAUGAGACUCAAGCUGGUGAUGCCAUGCGAGGGGCAUUUGACUGGGAAAUGUAUUAUAAGCGUCUUCCAAUUCCAGUAGAGCUUCGUAAACAAGAUCCAAGUGACCCUUUUGAAUCGCCUGUCAUGGCUGGAGGUUUGUUUGCUGUUGAUAAAAAGUGGUUCUGGACGCUGGGUGGCUAUGACCCUGGUUUGGAAAUUUGGGGAGGAGAACAAUAUGAGAUAUCGUUCAAGGUAUGGAUGUGUGGUGGUCGAAUGGAAGACAUCCCUUGUUCCAGGGUAGGACACAUCUACAGAAAGCAUGUUCCUUACACAAUUGCAAGUGGAUUUGGCUUGCCCAGAAAUUUGAAACGAGUUGCUGAGGUGUGGAUGGAUGAGUAUGCAGAGUAUCUCUAUCAACGGAGACCAGAGUAUAGACAUAUUUCUGCUGGUGAUUUAAAUGCACAGAAAGAACUGAGGACUUCCCUUAAUUGCAAAAGCUUUAAGUGGUUCAUGACUGAAGUGGCAUGGGAUUUACCUAAAUUCUAUCCACCAGUGGAACCUCCAGCUGGUGCCUGGGGUGAGAUUCGUAAUGUUCAUGUUGGAUUAUGUGUGGACAGUAAACAUGGGGUUUCUGGCUCACAGCUGAAAUUAGAUGUUUGUAUCAAAAAUGGUGCGGAUGGGACCUGGUCACAUGAGCAGGUCUUUACGUUAGGUUGGCGAGAAGAUAUACGCCCUGGAGAUCCCUUGCACACGAGAAAAUUUUGUUUUGAUGCUGUUUCACAUAAUAGUCCAGUCACAUUAUUUGAUUGUCAUGGAAUGCAUGGAAACCAACUAUGGAAGUACAAAAAGGACAAGACUCUGUACCAUCCAGUCAGUAACAGCUGUUUGGACUGCAGUGUCACGGAUAAAAAUAUUUUUAUGAAUAUCUGUAAUCCCUUAUCUCCGACACAACAGUGGCUAUUUGAAAAUAUAAAUACAACAGCUUUGGAAGAAAUGAACAUUAGAAACUUGUAGUGACUUGUAUUUAAAACAUUGAGAUGUAAUCAUUUUUAUUCAGGGUGGUUUUUAAGGGAUGUUUUUAUAGCUAUAUCCAGGGUUUUUUAAAUAAUUCUGGCAUUUUGAAAGGUUUUAUCUCAGGACUGAUUAGGUAUAAGCAGGUGUUUGUUAAUGAGGUCAUCAAAUGCUCUUGCAGCGCACCAGUGCUUGUGUGCUGAAGUGAUAAAACUUCAGCUGAUUUUUAGUGCCUUGGCCGGUGAAAGGCAGAGAGUACCCAUGUCACAAUGGCUUUUAUUACAUCUGGGCAAUUAGCCAUCUCGCUCUUUGCCAAUUCAUUUUCUAUUUGACUCAAGAAAAAGAAGAAUUUUCAUUUGUAUAGAAUUUUUCACUAUCACUGGAUGCCUCCAAGCUCUUUACAGCCAGUGAAGUGCUUUGAAAUGUAGUCACAUUUGUCAAUUAGGAAACGUAAAUUAUUUUUAAUCAACUUGCUUGGACAUGUGAUGGCACACCUUUUUGGAGUAGGCAUGACUUGAACUUUUAAUCUCACUAAAUUGCUGCAAACAAUUAUUUAAGUUCGCUGAUUUGAUCACGCUUUAAAGAGAUCCAUGAAGUGAAAAAUAACAAUUAAGCGACUGUAACGUUUUCCAAACUGGCGAAGUAUCCAUGUUUUUUAAGCUCUGUUUUCCACGGAGGAGUAUGCUGCAGUUUCAAAGUUCCUUGAUUGAUAGAAAGGAUACUACAAUAAUUUAUUUGCAAUUGCCUACCUUCCGAAGAAUGCCAUUUUAAAAAAAAAUGGAAAGCAUAAAAUGUGCUAUGGUGCCUACAUGAUUGCAUACUUUCUGGUUUUAAAAAUCAAGUUGUUACAUUUGUAUGUUUCUCAUGUUGACACCACUAUUACAUUUUACUCUGAGAUUCAGGGUUAACUUAUCUCUCUUAUUUUGCACUUUAAAAUGAUGCUGUCUAUAUGCGACCAACCUCGGUUUGUGUUUAUUAGAAAUGACCUGAUUUAGGAACAUUUAAGGUUUUGCAUUCAAAUAACUUUUAUGCAAAGCCUGUAACAGAAUUUAAAUGCCCUCUGAGAAAUGUUGCUUAAGCCUUUUGUUUGAACUUGUAAUCUCUCAGCAAGAAUUAAGCACAGAUUUAUUUUAACAAAAAACUUGAUCAGCUGUGGGGAGUAUUUAAAAGUUUUACUCAUUAUUUAUGUCUAUGCAGAAGAUUACUUUCAACUACCAUCCAAGAUGAUCAGGUGUUUUCCAGGAUGACAAGAAGGAUAUAAUUAUAGAAAUUGUACGAUUUAUGAAUCAACCUAUUUUUUCCAUAGUGAAUGACCUUGCAGAGAAGUAACUUCAAUGAAAUACUCAUUGUCAAGUAUGAUUGAAUUCAUAUCUCUUUAUGGAACUUUUGUGGGCUUGGCCAAUGGAAGUCCAAAUACACAUUACAUCUUCCAUAAUGUCAGGCAGAGAAAUGCACAACUGGGCCCAGUAGGUUCAGACCAGUGUUUACACUGCACCAAAACUUCUACCCAUCAUACUUCAUCAUAUUCUAACAACAUAUCCAUAUAUCUUUUGUCAUAUGUACCUAUAUAGCUUCCUCUGAAAUGCAAUUCUAUGAAACAUGUUAACUAUUCCACGUACGCCGCAAGAUCUACUUUCUUAGCACUCUUGGCUAAAGACAUUUAUUUCUUUUGAAUUCCUUAUUGGAUUUAUUACUGACUUUUAUUAAUAGUCGCAAAUUUCGUAUUUUCCCCUGAAGAGAAUUAAUUUUAUUUUUGAAAGUCCAAAAUUUGUGGAGGAAGCACUGCUUUAAGUUAAAUAUUAAGCCAAUCUCUAGUCUGGGCUUUUAUAAAUUUUAAUGAUUUGUAUAUACUUCAAAUAGCCCAUUUAUAUUAGCAGAAAUUGGAUAAAUGUUUUCAUUCUAGUUUUGGUCUGUUGAUUGGAAUGCCUUUUGAAAAUCAAUAAUAUCACAUGGAUCAAAUAUGUAUGCUAGAUAUCUGCUCUCAAUAUAACAAUCGCUCAGCCUCAUGAAUGUGUACUAGUACAAAGAGAAUGCAACCAUUCUAUGUGUAAGAAAUGGUAAGGACAACCAUAUUAAUUUUUAAUUACCUAAGAUGGUAUGUACAUCAACCGCAAAAUAUAUUCUGACAAAAUAUUUUUAAAAUCAGUGUCAGAAUUACAAAGUGCUUUCCUGUUUAAGUAUACAUUUCUCAAAUUGAAAGUUCCCUGAUUCCUAAACCGCCUAUGUAAAUACUUUAUGGUAUUUUCUAUUUUGAAUAUUUUUUCUUUGCAUGAAAUAUUUCAUUGUAAGCAUCUGAGGAAGUUGACGUAAAUUGUAUUAUUAAAUGAAACAUGGCUGUUUAAUUUCAACAUUUGUUAGUCUUUGAAAUUAUUUUGUAAAAUCACUACUUUUUGGAACACUUAGACUUAGGUUGUUGGUAAGGGUUAUGAACAUGUCAGAAACUAUGCAUAACUUUAGCGGCUGAAAUCAUUUGACAUGUCCCUCAGAUUUGUCUCAGCCAAGGAAAUGCCCUGCAUGCUUGCAAGAUCGUAUUCACGCCCUUUGAAUGAUGUUCUAAGAUCUUGCAUUGCCAGUGUUCCAACUUGCACAUUUUAAGCACUAUUACUCAAGGCAGUGGAGGACUCAGCAAUCUCAUUCACCAGAGGAGGCAUUCCUAAUCUUAUUAAUGGUUCUACUAUUAAAACUGAUACAUGUCUUAUUUGUAAUGUACAUUUUUGUCAUCUCAAAGACUCAAACACAGGCCAGAAAAAGAGAAAAAAAGUAACCAAAUAUCCAUUCAGAACCAGAGAGGGGGCGGCCAGUGGAGAUGGAUCAGCAAUUGAUGCUAUCUUUAGCCCAAAUCUGGAUCAAGUCUCCUUGUUUAAUAUGAUUGCGACCAUGAACCAUUUCUACUUCUGUACUUCAGGUUUUAAGUCUAUAUUCUCUACUGUUUUUUAACCUUAAUUGUCUGUUCGAGGAACUACAUGCAUUAAAACCAGCAUUGAAUUUUGAAUGCAUUGAAACCAAGUAUUAAGUACUGAUCCUGGCUAUUUCCUCUGUUUAUACAUAAUGACAAUCCCCCCCCCCCCCAACCCCCACACCAGAAUACAGUUGAACUUCUGGAAUGGUGCCAUCUACCAUGGAAUUCCAGCCAUGUAAACGGAGUAGCUGAAGAAACCAAAUACUGUACAAGAGGUAACCCAAUCUUUUUAGUUGAUCUCAUGUCCAUAAAUAGUCUCAUUGCAUUAAGCAGAAAAUUGAAAUGAAGGGGUCUCAAAGUGCUGGCCGUUGUACAGAUCUUACUUUCCUGUGCAUUUCCGUUACAAACCCACCGACUCGCACAGCUACCUGAACUAUACAUCCUCACACCCCACAUCCUGUAAAGACUCCAUCCCAUUCUCUCAGUUCCUCCGUCUCCAUCACAUAUGUUCAGAUGAGGCCAACUUCGACAAGGGAUCCUCCGAAAUGUCCACACUCUUCCUCAACCAAGGAUUCCCCAGUUCUGUUGUCGGCAGGGCCCUCAAUCGAGUUUGACCCAUUAACCGCACUUCUGCCCUCACCCCUUCUCUUACUCCCACAACAGCGAUAGGGUUCCCCUUAUCUUCACCUACCAUCCCACCAGCAUCCGCAUCCAGAAGACCAUCAGACGCCAUUUCUGCCACCUCCCAGCAAGAUGUCACCACCAGACACAUUCUCCUCCCUUCUCUUGUCCGCCUUCUGUAGGGACUAUUUCCUCCAGGACACCCUGAUCCACACUUCCUUCACCCCCAACACCUUCCCACAACCCUAUGGCACCUUCCCCUGUAACCGGCGAAGGUGCAACAUCUGUCCAUUUACCUCCUCCCUCCCCAGUAUCCAAGAGCCCAAACAUACCUUCCAGGUGAGGCAACACUUCACCUGCUCUUCCAAGAAUCUAGUCUACUGCGUUUGCUGCUCACAUUGUGGUCUCCUCUACACUGGGGAAAUGAAAUGUAGACUUGGUGACUGCUUCGCAGAAUAUCUACAUUCUGCUUGCAAAAAAGACCUGAACUACCUGUUGCCUGCCACUUCAAUGCAUCACCUUGCUCCCUGACCAACAUCUCUGUCCCUGGCUUGCUGCCGUGUUCCAGUGAAGCCCAGCGUAAGCUGGAGGAACAACACUUCAUUUUCUGCUUGGGGACCUACAGCCGUCUGGACUCAAUAUUAAGUUCAAUAGUUUUAGGGCCUAAACUCUUCCAUGUCCCAGCCCCCCUACCCCGCACACCAGUCCUUGUUACCACAUCGCCUGCCAGUACUCACCUGCUGUUCUUAGCCACCAACAAUCCCCAUUAACAACUAUUCACCCUCCCAGCCUGAUUGUUAGCAACUCUUUUGUCCGUCUAACUGUCUUUCUCUCUCUUUGGACUGUAUCCCAUCGUUUACUCCCUACCCCACCCACCUUCCUGUUUUCAGCAUAUAAACUGAUGCUUUCCCAGUCAGCAUUAGUUCUGAAGUAGGUUCACUGGACCCGAAAUGCUAACUCUGUUUUCUCCUUCACAGAUGCUGCCAGACCUGCUGAGCAUUUCCAGCAACUUUUUUGUUCCUGAUAUACAGCUCCGCAGUUCAUUUGGUUUUUGUUUUUUUAUAUUGCUAGAUUAUUCAAAUUAUUUAUCAUUUAAGGUAAAAGCUUUAUCCUACUAUCAUUUUAUCUUUUAACUAAAUUGCUUCCAGUUUUAUUAGCCUGAUUUAAAUCU